ACGAUGUUGGACAGUGCAGCGCUGUAGCCCAUCUGUCUGUAACUGAUACGGACCGGACAAGAGGACGAGGAGGACGGGCAGGAGAGGACAACAGCCCUGCAGGAGGAGGAGGAGGAGCAGCCGGGGCCGCGGCGCUGAGAGGAGGUACCGGAGGAGGAGGAGGAGGCGUGGAGCAGAGAAGCAGCAGCAGCAGCAGUGGAGUCAGUCGGCAGUGGCAGGAGGCCAACCAGGAGCAGAAGGAGAACCAGCAGCUCCUGCACCUGCACGAGGAGGAGAACAAGAAGAAGGAGGGCGACCAGGACUCUCCCGCCGCCGCUCCCCAAGGCCUCCUCAAACGCUGCGUGGACACCAGGGAGCGCGGCGAAGAGGAGCUGCGACAGAGGGAGGCGCAGCAGCUCGACUUCCGCUCCCUUCUGGGACGGCGAGUUUUUAACGCCAAGAAAAACCAGGAAGAGGAGCCCAGGGAGGCCGGCCUCGCCGCCGCUGAGCACCGCCACCGCCACCAGAUGGAUUUUAAGGCCAACCUGAAGGGCGUCAAAGCCAAAGCCGAGGAGGACCGUAAAGCGAACUCCCCGCAGCAGGUCGACUUCCGCGCCGUGUUGGGGAAGAAGGGCGCCGCCAGCAACAGCAACAAACCUGCUGAGACGCCCGGAAAGAACGCCGCCGACUUCCGCUCCGUCCUCGCCAACAAGAAGAAGCCAGGGAGCCCAGAGAAGAACGGGGAGAGCGGGAAGGAGGCGGUGAACAAUUGUGUGGACGGAGGGAUUAACGAGAAGAAGAGCGGCGGAGGAGGAGGAGGGGGGGGGAAGGCGCCGGAGUUCGUGGAGAAGCUGAGCGAUGUGACGGUGCUGGACGGGCAGCGGCUCCGGCUGCAGUGCCGCCUCGCCGCCUCCGGGCCCGCGGACGCCACCGUCACCUGGACGCUGGACGGGAAGAUCAUCAAGCCGUCCAAGUUCAUCGUCCUCGCCAACGAAGGCGGCCUGUGCUCUCUGACCAUAGACAAAGCUCUGCCCGAGGACGAAGGCCAGUAUAAAUGCAGAGCCGAGAACUCAGCCGGCAAAGCUGAAUGUUCCUGUAUGGUUCUAGUCGACGACCCAGCAGAAAACUCUCCAGCUGACAAAAAGUCCAAGAAGGCGACUCCGACCUCCGAGAGUGAAGCCAGAAUAAAGAAACCGACCGCCAAGACUCCGCCCAAACAAGCUCUGCCUCCUCAGAUCCUGCAGUUCCCGGAGGACAUGAAGAUCCUGGCGGGGGAGAAGGUGGAGAUCGUCUGCAAGUUCUCUGGAGCUACGCCCAUCAGCUGCACCUGGCUGAAGUUCAGGAAACCAAUCCAGGAGGGCUCGUCUGAUAUCUCCAUCGUGAGCUCCGACAGCAGCAGUAAACUCACCAUCUCCAGCGGUCAGCAGGAACACUGCGGCUGUUACACCAUCGAGCUGAGGAACGCCGUCGGCCUCCGACAGGCCGCCCUCAACCUCACCAUCGUCGAUAAACCCGACCCCCCAGCGAGGGUCCCUGCAGCCUCAGAUAUCCGGCGAGCCAGUCUGACUCUGUCCUGGUACGGGCCGACCUAUGACGGAGGCAGUGCCGUGCAGUCCUACAACCUGGAGAUCUGGGACUCUAUGGAGCAGCAGUGGAAACACCUGGUGUCCUGCAACAGCACCUCCUACAACGUACAGAACCUUCUUCCAGAGCGUCAGUAUAAGUUUCGUGUCCGGGCGGAGAACAUCUACGGGGUCGGAGAGCCGAGUGCAGAAUCUGAACCUGUUACUGUAGGACUGGUGGACGACAACCAAGACGAGGUCGAGGCAGAGGAGGAGGAUGAAGACUCGGAGAAGGAGCCCGACUACAGAGACGUGACCAUCAGAACAGACACGAAGGUGAAGGACCUCUACGACGUGGAGGAGAGGCUGGGAACGGGAAAGUUCGGCCAGGUCUUUAAACUGGUGGAGAAGGCGACGAAGAAGGUCUGGGCGGGGAAGUUCAUCAAGGCGUACUCUGCAAAGGAGAAGGAGAACGUUCGGCAGGAGAUCAGCAUCAUGAACAGCCUCCAUCACCCCAAACUGGUCCAGUGCAUCGACGCCUUCGAGGGCAAGUCUGACAUCGUCAUGGUCCUCGAGAUGAUCUCAGGCGGCGAGCUGUUCGAGCGGAUCAUCGACGAGGACUUUGAGCUGACGGAGCGGGAGGUGAUAAAAUACAUGCUGCAGAUCAUCGACGGAGUCAGCUUCAUCCACAAACAGGGCAUCGUCCACCUGGACCUCAAACCAGAGAACAUCAUGUGUGUCAACAAGACCGGCAGCAAGAUCAAACUCAUCGACUUCGGCCUCGCCAGGCGACUAGAAAACGCAGGAACUCUGAAGGUUUUGUUUGGGACUCCGGAGUUCGUGGCUCCAGAGGUGAUCAAUUACGAAGCGAUCAGUUAUCCCACCGACAUGUGGAGUAUAGGAGUCAUCUGUUACAUACUGCUGAGCGGUCUGUCUCCCUUCAUGGGCGACAACGACAACGAGACUCUGUCCAACGUCACCUCGGCCUCCUGGGACUUCGAGGACGAGGCCUUCGACGAAAUCUCCGACAACGGCAAAGACUUCAUCACCAACCUUCUGAAGAAGGACAUGAAGGCCCGGCUCACCUGUGCUCAGUGUUUUGAACACACCUGGCUGAAGCAGGACACCAACACCAUGAAGGCCACGAAGCUCUCCAAGGAGAGGAUGAAGAAGUACAUCCUGAGGAGGAAAUGGCAGAAAACGGGCCACGCUGUUCGAGCCAUCGGCAGACUGUCGUCCAUGGCCAUGAUGGCCGGAGUCAGCGCCAAGAAGGGCUCGCCCACCGAAGAGGAUAACCAGUUCCUCGAGUGUUUGGAGUACGAGCAGAAGACGGAGUGUAAGCCGACUUUCAGCGCGGUCAUCAAAGACGUGGAGGUGGUGGAGGGCAGCGCCGCUCGCUUCGACUGCAAGAUCGAAGGUUACCCGGACCCAGAGGUGGUGUGGUACAAAGACGACCAGCCGAUCAAAGAGACCCGACACUUCCAGAUCGACUACGACGAAGACGGGAACUGCAGCUUAGUCAUUUCAGAGGUGUCCGGAGAUGAUGAUGCGAAGUACACGGUGAAGGCGGUCAACAGUCUGGGGGAGGCGACCUGCACCGCAGAGCUGCUGGUGGAGGUGAUGGCUGGAGAGGAGGAGGAGGAGGAGGAGGAGGAGGAGGAGGAGUAAAGCAGUGUUGGUCUGGACUCCCACAGUCUUCAGCCUGUCAGACCUGAGCAGGACAAACUUACCCACAAACAUCUGAUGGUGUUGUUGGAGGGGCAGGUGGGUGGGGCUUUAAAACAACAGCGUCUCCAAAUUCCCCAGUCCAACCCCAUUCUCUUUAAUCACUACACUCCCUGUAUACUUAAUCUCCUCCUCCCAGUGAUGGCCUUACCUACACCAUGCUGUGUUCUAAGCCCCGCCCACCUCACACCUCAGGCAAGCAGAGGCCCCGCCCCUCUCAGGCGAGCAUCUGAUCAUUAGUGGGUUUCCUCUUCAAGGUUAAUUCAUUGAAUAUUUCUUAAAGACAUAUGAUUGAAACAGGAUACUUUACUGUCCAUUCUUAGAUCAUUUUUAAAUAUCUCUUAAUUUAAAAUAAAAUCUAGCAUCAGUGAAAAUAACCCCGAGUAACAGCUGCUUGGUGAAGAAGAAGCAGCAAGCAAUCAAUGAACGUAAACACAAAUAUGUGUGUUUGUUUACAGAGAAAUCUCCACAAGGAGCUUUAACAUGCUAACAACUACAUUUCCCAUGAUGUUUUAGACAGCAGUACAAUGUCAGAGAAUUGUGGGAGCUGUAAUCAUUGCAAGCUAACGACGAGGUGGUAAAAUGUUAUCUGAGAAUAUUAAGAUGUUUCAGCUCGGCACAGAACACCGUGACAGAAAGCCUUGAUGAGGAGACACACUGAUGAAGAGCUGCUGGUGGAACACAUGAAGUACAAUCAAAUGCUAAUGAAAUAUGAAAACGUUUUUUCAUCGUAAUAAAUAACGUUCAGCCACUGCUCUCAGGGCCCCGCAGACUCAUAGGAGCUGUAGUUGUUGGGACUUUAGGUCUCUGUCUGAUGAAACCAUGAAAAAUGUAAAGUAUGUGAACCCGACCUGCUCCCUGUGCGAGUCCAGGUGAGGAAGAAGAUGGUGUGAUAGAAGCAGUGAAGAAGAAGAAGAAUGAGCUUUAUAUUCACAGAGUUGGGCCACUUAACAACAAAGUGGCUUACUGUGAGAAGAGUUAGCAGUUUAUCGUGUUAGCACUGCAGCUAACAGACAAAAGGAAGGAAAAUUACAUUGAUCACCUAAAGAUGAUCCAUAUUUUACUGAUGAACUGAUUAAAACUCACCAGAACUAGUUUCAGAUAGACAGCAAGCUAACGUUUGUUAGAAAACGUCACCCUUACUAAUGUUAAAAUAGGAUAAGAGGAACUUUUUUGAACCCACAUCAGAGAAAUUCACUUGUCAGAGCAGGCAGAAGUAGAAAAAUAUAUAUAUACACAUUAUACUUUCACUUAUACACAUAUGACCGUGAUGGAUAAUUGUAAUACGCACAUACUGUGUAGCAUUAUACUAAAAUAUUAAAAGCUAUAAAGUGCUCAAUAGCUAAUAACUGUUUGCUAAUUAGCAGCAGAGGUGUGUCGGUGCUGUGGUGAUUGAUUUAAACUGUUUUAAAUUAUCAAAAUAAAAAUGGUACAGAUUAAAUAAAUCAAUAUCAAAUCACUUGUUUAAAAAUAAAAAAUGUAUAAUGAUAUUAAUUACUAUUGAAAAUAAUCAUUCGCCCAAAGCUAACUUCAGAUAGAAACCAAAAUAAAGUUCUUAACAUGUCAUGUUAGCAGCAGUCUGAUCCGAGGGGAGGGAAUUAAGUGCUUCAUUCAUCUAAAUAUAUUUUAUACAGAAAAAAACAAAAAUACAAAUUAGUAAAACUAAUAAUUUGAUAAAAUAGUCAUCAAAAUAAUUAUUAGCUGCUGCAUUUAGACAUCUUGCAAAGCUAAAUUUAGAUAAAGAGCUAAUUAACAUUUGUUAGCUAACAUCAGCCUAACUGAUGUUAGCUUGCUAGCAACAUUAGCUUACUAGCAACUACAAUUUUUGCUGUUGGGAGUCAAAUAAAAUAACUUUCAACCAUUAAAAUCAACUUGUACAACUUAAAUUACACAAAUAUGUAACACAAAAAAGUGGAUUAAUCAGUUAUCAACAUUUUAAAUUGGAUGCAGCCCUAAAGCUAACUUAUCUAGACUAAUGUUAGCGUUCUAGCUAAUACACAUUAGCUUACAUUAUCAUAGAUUAGGUUGUAGAGGAGUGAUUUAAAACAGCUUUGAACCAUCGAAACACAGUUUGUGUUGAUUAAAUAAAUCAAACUAGUUGAAAAAUGAAGGAGUGAUUAAUAGGAAAACUUACACACUAAUUAAUAGCUAAUUAGCAUCACAGAUUUGGCAUGCGAGGAGUGAAUUAAAACACUGCUAGAGUGACAGUAGCUUAUGUUUAUCAGCUAGUGUCUAUAUCAAACAUUAGCUAAUGUGCCCUUGGGAAUUAAAAUAGUUUUGAACAUCAUAUAUUAAUAACGUUACACAAUGAGCGAGCAAACUUGGUAGCUCAACCCCACUCAGCAAUGUUAGCACAGAUGUCAGGAUAGCCAGUCAUGUUUUCCUUUUAAUUCUCCCUAAAAUGAUUGAAUUUUAUUUGUUAGAAAUGUUUUAAUUUUCACAGCGUUCUCCAAGUUUUUAUUCUUCUGCGAUUGUGAAGCCUGGUGCAGUUGGAUUGAUGUAGUUCGGUGCACAAGAACACCAGUGACAAAGUUUACAAAAAACAUUCAGGAAAAAACAUGAAACCAUGCCACCAAGUGCCUUAAUGUGACCCAACUGUGUUGAUAUAAGGCUCAGGGUAUGAACCACGAUGAUGCCGAUAUGUGAUGAUGAUAAAUUAUAUAACGAUAACCCAUUUGUUAGUGUAUAACCUAGCUGCUCCCCGUUUGCACCUGACGUGUUCAGCUGAGAAAUGUUGAAUGGGUCAGUUUGGUUCUUCUCUUCUGUUUGAGCACUUUUCUUUCUGUCUUGUUUGUAUUUUUUGACUUCGACAGCAGUUUUAGCCCAAAACCAUCUGAAAGCUAGCAUCACCUCUGCCUUACGUUGUUAGCCUUAAAGCAGUGCGGCGACACUUUUAAUGACAGUCUGGGCGAUUUAAAAUGUUUGCUACCAGACAUUUGUCACGUUGUGGGACAAAAUAGGUAAUUUUUCCUUUUCGCUGCCUUAAAGAAAGUUUGUUAGCAGUGUUGAAAGAAGAGAAUUUACAAAAAUCAGGGAUUGUCUCUUAAAGUCUGUACGAAAUGAAAAAAUGCAGUUAAAGACAUUGUUGGACAUUUUGUCAUAAUUCUGACAUUUGUGUCUUGUAAAUAUGACUUCGUGUCUCAUAAUUACAUGAUAGAAAUCCCCAUAAAAAUAUCAAAAUUACAAGAAAAUAUCUUAAAAUUAUGAGAAAAUAUCUCAAACUUGCAAGAAAAAUAUCUCACAAUUAUGAAAAAGUAUCUUAAAAUUCUAGAAAUUUUCUUAAAAUUACAAGAAAAAUUCCUAAAAUUAGUUGAAAGUAUAUCAAAUUGCUAGAAAAAUAUCUCAGACUUAUUAGAAAAAUAUCUCAAACAUCUUAUAAUUACAAGAAAACCUCAAAAUUAUGUGAAAAAAUCCUAAAAUUACAAGUAUCUCUGAAUUAAAAGAAAAUAUCUCCAAAUUUUAAGAUCAAAUAGUUUCAUGAUACAAAUCUUGCAAUGAUAAGCACUAUCUUCAAAAUAACAAGAUUUGUAUCUUUUAAAAACGAGAUGAAGACAUCUAAAGAUUACCAGAUGAGACACCGUCACAUCUUUAUCUCGUAACUAUGACAUGACAACUAUGACGCUUUUAUCCUAAGCGACUUACAUUUGAGGAACUUAAAGAAAAGACCUUCUAGUUUCUAAUUUGUACCUCAAAAUUAAUAAAUAUGUAUCUUGUAAAUGAGAUAUAGAUUUUGUCAUUUUGAUGUGCAAUUCUCCGUUUGUUUUCUUACGGAUUUUCUCAUUUUACAAUAACAAGAUUAAAACGAGAUGGUUCAUCACAAGAGGUUUUCCAUGAAUAAACUCACAUUAUAAGGAUCUCGCAGCUGUCAGACAACAUUUCGAAUAUUUCGUCUCUGGUGAAUGCCGUGCACAAUUCAAAAAAUUAAAGUUAUAAGAAACAUAACGGCGCCGUGAAGAAGGAAAACUGUUUUUGCAUCUUAAAUGCAGUUUUCUGAAAACAAGUUAACUGUUUUAAAGUUAAAACCUCAGCAGCUUUAGGUGCCAGAAUGUGACCUGUGUCCCGUCAGGUAGAAACAGGAUGUGAUUUAAAGGUGAGUUAACGUGUUGGUGCAACCGGGUGUUCACACUGAUGUCGAAGUCAUUUUCAUUUUUAUUUUUUUGCCACAUUCCAGCUGUUUGUUUGUGCUUUGAAACAAUUAUUUAAAGGCUUUAAGGGCUGAUUCAGUUUUCAACCAAAAACCAAAGAACCUUCUUUAAACCUUCACAGGUGUGUUUGUGUGUGAUCUGCAUUACGCCGUGUUACCUGGGCCUGUUUGUGUGUUUGGUGGUUGUUUGUUUUUAAGAAUGUUUUAAUUUUAGACUUAUUUAAUGCACAGAUUCAUAAUUAUAAUAUUUCAGCAUCCGUCUUCUCUGAGAUAAUCUCGCCAGCACUUAAUUUGUCACAGUUACAGUAAUACUAAACCAAGCAGUGACUCACUCCUAGACUGAUUUGUUUUUGUAUUAGAUGUAAGUUGAUUAUAUUGCUCUAAUUUUUAUAAUUAUAAGAGUUUGAUGAACUGCAGAUGACAUGUAUGAGAACACUGUGUAUUUACUCACAGAUACCAAAUAAAAUUUCUCACUAAACCAAA